AUGGCAGACAAGGCCGUCCAUGUCGAAGAAACAAAGAUGUCGCCCACACAGGAUGCGGAUACCUUGGGUAUCGACGAUGAAAUGCUUCUCAUGAUGUCGGAGCGUAUCCCCGACUUUGCCGCAACAAUGGCCAGCGCAAGACGGGCCUCCAAAUUCGAGCAUGGCCUCACCAACGGAGAAGCCUUCAAACUCUUUCCCAAAGCCAUCAUGUUUUCUUUCAUCCUUUCACUCGCCAUCAUCAUGGAAGGCUAUGAUACUUCCCUAUUGGGCUCCUUCUAUGCCUACCCGGUCUUUGCUCAGAGAUUUGGGGUGCUUGCUGAUAAUGGCACUUAUCAAGUCACUUCCCAGUGGCAGUCUGGCUUGCAAAACGGUACGCAGGUCGGUCAAAUCAUCGGCCUGAUGUUUGCUGGUGUGAUUGCGGACCGUUUCGGAUACAAGAAGACAAUGCUCGGUGCGCUUGUCUCCAUGAUUGGAUUAAUUUUCAUACUUUUCUUUGCUCAGAAUAUCGGCAUGCUUUUUGCUGGCGAGGUUCUUUGCGGUUUGCCCUGGGGCGCCUUUCAGACCUUGACCACCACAUAUGCGGCCGAAGUGAGCCCUCUUAUCUUGAGACCCUACCUGACUACCUACGUCAACCUCUGUUGGGUCACAGGCCAGUUCAUUUCAACCGGUGUGCUCCGCGGUCUUCUCGGUCGUAGCGACCAAUGGGCCUGGCGCAUCCCCUACGCGGUUCAGUGGAUUUGGCCUGUCCCUAUUAUCAUCGGCGUUCUUUUCGCCCCUGAAUCUCCCUGGUGGCUUGUCCGCCAUGGUCGACACGAAGACGCUAUCCGCUCUCUCCGCGCAUUAAGUUCCCCCAAACGUGAAUCCAUAGGCUACGACAUGGACGACACCAUUGCCAUGAUGGUAGUGACCAACACCCACGAAGAGCUCACUCGUAAAGGUGUAUCAUACUGGGACUGCCUCCGCGGCGUGAAUCUGCGACGCACUGAAAUUGUAUGCUGCGUUUGGAUGAUCCAGGUGUUCUGCGGUGUCUGGUACGGUGGAAAUGUUGUGUAUUUCCUCCAGCAAGUUGGCUUCAGCUCUAAUCAGUCAUUCGAUUUUGGACUCGGCACUAACGCCAUUGGAUGGCUGGGGACUGUUUGUUCAUGGUUCAUCAUGCAGCGUGUCGGCCGUCGAACGCUCUACGUCGCUGGUCUAGCCAUCAUGUUUACGACGCUUUGCAUUGUCGGUUUCAUGGGCAUCCCUCACUCAUCAGCCGGGAUCAGCUAUGCAUCUGCUGCCAUGAUGCUUAUCUUUGUUUUCACCUACGAUCUCACCGUUGGACCUGUUGGGUAUUGUCUGGUCUCUGAAAUUCCUUCCACUCGUCUUCGCAUCAAGAGUGCCGUUCUUGCCCGCAACUCGUACAAUAUCGCCAGUAUCAUCGCCAAUUUCCUCAAUCCGCCUAUCCUCAAUCCAACUGCAUGGAAUCUCAGGGGCAAGGGUGGAUUUAUCUGGGCUGCUUUCUGUCUGUUGUCAUUUCUGUGGUCGUUCUUCCGUCUACCUGAGCCCAAGGGACGUACUCCUGCAGAGCUUGAUAUCCUCUUUGAGCAGAAGGUCGGCGCUCGUAAAUUCUCAGAGACACAUGUUGAGCCUUUCCGCUCUAAUACCUUUGCAAUCACUACCGAAGAUGCCGAGGGUAAGGAAUGA